AUGUGCGAUAUGAUGAUUUAUCGGGAUCAUGAAGACAUGGACUUGUAUUGGGUGCGACAUUCGGGAACGACAGAGACGCCAGGAACCGGUCCUUCUUUUGAUCACACGUAUGGCACGCAGCAAGAUGGAACCUACAUCUACAUGGAUUCUCCAGGGUACUUGGCGGGAGCCAGCGCGACGCUGUUGGGCCCACCCACAAUCUUUCCUCAGGGUCUGUUCUGCGCACGCCUUUGGUAUCACAUGUGGGGGGAUGAUGUAAACUCACUCCGCCUGUACAUGCGUGAACUGGAAGGCGACAAGGAUGUGACGGGUAACUGGGGAAAACCGAGACUCCUGCGUGUGGGCGACCACGGUGACGAAUGGUUGGAGGGAGGCUUUGAGUUCCACUCUGACGGAACGACAGCCCAACAGUUGGUUAUUGAAGCUCUUGCUGGGUUCAGCGAGAAAGGAGAUAUAGCCUUGGACGACCUACGCAUUGUUCCAGGUCGGUGCCCGGAAGAAAUCAAACGAGACUCGUACAACGCAGACUACAUUUGUGGAGAGGUGCGACUCGUAACGGGCAGCUGGUCGCAGGAAAAGUCUUGGUUCGUCGAAGGCGCUGUGUCUUGCGCCGGCCGAGGUUACAGCUACGAUAACCUUAAGGGCAGCUGGGUGCCGUGCUGCGUUCCUCGUUAUGGCCAGUACACUCUUGUCCUGCAUGAUGGGUACGGCGAUGGAUGGUCGGGGUCUAAGCUUGAGUUCCGCUUCUUCGACCAGGUUCAGGAAUUCGGAUCAGAUUUCAUUGGCAUUGAGGAAGGCGUUGAGAAGAAGUACACUCUGAAUAUUGGUCUCCUCCAAAUCACUAAAAUCGAGGGAAGCCAAGACCGUAUCGGUCUCGAAAUUCAAGUCGCCCAGCCCAACUCGUACGUAUGGUGCGGCGCUGCCCUAUCGGGAUCGCCCGCUCCAACUGUCGAGGUGCUAAAGAAAUAUGGCAUCCGGUCUCAAGAGCAGACAAAGAAAGCUGGAGACAAGCUGCGUAUGGAGAUUGCAAACAAACCGAAUGACAGACGUAUUCUGCAGCCAUCAACGGACUACAACAUCUACUGCUAUGCGGAGCCCGCGGCUUACGCCGUCGACCAGAAUCAGAUGAUGACCAUGGACGAUGCGCAAGUGGCUGCGUCUCGCGUGAUGGUCACGACAGACAGCAAGCCUCCUGAGAUCACCGUCGUAGGCGUAGAUGAAGACCACACGGAAGCAAGCAUAAGAAUCAGGAGUGAUGAAAUCGCGACUGUAUGGUGCGCCGCUGAAGAAGCAAGCAAGAUACCGGCGGACGACGUGGGUCAGGCUCUGGCCCCGGGUUUGAUCAAAAAGGCAGGAAACAAGAUCCAAAUUGUGAAGGGAAUGGUGAACACGCCACAGCUGCUGAAACUCAAGAAUCUGAUGCCGGAUACGACAUAUCGAGUCUACUGUUACGCCGAAGAUCGGGCGUUGCCGAAACCUAACUUCACCGGCCCAGAGCAGGUUCACGCAAUGGCCUUCGACCUCGUGACUCCCAGCAAGGUGCCAGAACUGAAAAUUGAAUCGUAUAAAGCGUUCGUAAGAGGGUUCAAGCUAUCUGUGAAAACUGACACACCUGCAAAGGUCUGGUGCGGAGCGGCAAUGGCCGGAUCCGCCUUCCCCAAGAAAGAGGAUGUCAAACGUGUUGGAGCUACUGCGGAGGUAACGGAUAUCACAAAACCAGCAGAUCUCGAAAUUCGUGGGGUUCCCCCAAACACACGAUAUUCCAUUUAUUGCUUGGCGUCCUCUCGGUCAGGAGCGUCCGAAAUGACAGAUCAACAAAUGUGGGAUGGAGCUCUCGAGGUCACGUCUUUCGGCAAAUUUUGCGACAUGCCUAUUGAACCCGCCGUCCUUUCUGAGGGACCUGCCACACCGUUCGAUCCUCUCACGCCGCCGGAGGAGUUCAUGGUCCGCGAUUUUAUGAACACUCAGAAACAGUUGAAACUAGAAGGUAUCUACCGAAUCAACCUCUUCCUGGACAAAGACGCCAUCUUGAAUCACUUUGAAAAAGGAGCCGAAUUCCCAAAACGAUACGCUCGUGUCCGGGCAGGGACCUGCGAUAACGGGAAGGGCGCGUAUCGACAGUUCAAAGUGGGUCCCCUGGACACUGAAGAUGCGAAGAACCUGAAGCUAGAAGAGAUUGGCGAACCAGUGGAGACAGACUGCGGAGGCUAUAAUCCACAGGGCGUGUUUGGCCGCCGUCUGCUUGACAAGGACCAGGAAAAUGAACUGGAUGCAUUCCUUCAUCGCGUGUUUGGUUUCCACUUUGGAGUAAAGGCAUGCCACUACGGAGAAGUUAACAACUGCCUUAACUUCGGGCCGCUCAUCUAUAAGCAGAAAGACGAGGAGCUUGAAGAAGUUUGGAUUGGUCUUAAGGCCCCGCCUAAAGAAGAAGGAGGAUUCGAGCAGCACCUUCCAUUCUACAUUGUCGCUGAACCACCCACCGCCGAGACAGAAGUCGAUGUUGUAAACCCAGAGAGCCGCGACCGCAUCGCCCUUCUCCUGGAACACGUAAAAGGGUAUUUUCUCAACGGAAUCAUCUUUGACUCGCUCGAGGACAUGUUUGAGGCUGUUGACACAGAAGCCGAUCCCCAGCUCACUGUGGAAACGCUGCGCGAUGCAAUGGAUCAAGUGAGGACACGGCAGGAACAGCAGAGAGCGAAUGCCGUACGUCGGCUUGCUCCAUAUAACAUCGGACCAAACCCGAAAGGCCGCGAGGGUCUGGAGUACCGUGUGGGUCCUGAGCACAUUGAGCCUCAAGGCAAGAGAUACACAAUCAAGCACAACCCAGAUUCAACUUCGUACACCAUCGACUACGCAGGAUGGACGAUGACUGUGACAAACGACCGUGAUACGUCGCUGAAAAUCUGGAACCUCCGGUUCAAGGACCAGCGAUACGCCUUCGAGUUUGGAGUCAACGAGGCUCUUGCUCACUAUAGUGUCGCCGAACGCCACUGGUACUUUAUGGAUUCGUGGUACGGUGGACUGGGUGCUGCGGCGCGUCGCGUCCACCCUGGAAUUGAAUGCGCAAAGACUGGCACAGUCCUCUUUUGGGAUAAGUCGCUCUGCGUGUUCGAGGAAGACAAGGCAAGACCCCUCAGGUCUCACUGGAAGUCUGGCGUGCUCCGCGAUGCAGCGCCUCACUACGUUCUUGUCCUCAGACAGAUCAUUACGGUUAGUAACUACGACUAUAUCACGGAUUACGUAUUCCACCAAAGCGGGUUCUUUGAGGCCACGAUGGCUUUCACUGGCGAGCUGUACGCGGGCGUGGAAGUUCCUUGGUAUUCUGCGCGCCAAGCCAACCACGGGACACAGGUCACAGGAUCUAUGCGCAUGGGUGCCUUGCAUGCACAUUUGGCCUCGUGGAAGCUCGAUUUCGACCUCGACGACUACAAAUCGAACUCCAUUGCGUGGCACGAAAUCAAACACGACACCGCUCGGCCUGGAGCCCUCAAGAUCGACACGUGGUUUGCAGAAACCGAAGAACAAGCCUAUUUCAGAUUCAACGAUACGCGCCCUCUGCACUACCAAGUUGUCAACGAAGAGCACAACGUUUACGGAAACGUCGGAGGAUUCACUGUCGUCCCUCUUCCCACCGUCGCAAUCCCCAACCCCGAAUUCGAACUCUACACUGGUCCUGCUGCCUGGGCCAAGUACCGCAUUGUGACGACCCUGCGAAAAGAAGAAGAGUUCCACGGAUCUCUCCCUCGUGACAAUAAAUACGCCCUGCGCCCAGCCGUCAGCAUCGAUCGCUACAUCCGCGAUAACGAGCCGAUUCGCAAAAAAGACGUGGUUACUUGGAUCGCCUCCUCCGUCUGGCACAUCCCCGUCAUUGAAGACAUGCCGCAGACCCUCUCGCUCGGGAACACUCUCGGUUUCCUCGUGAAGCCUCACAACUUCUACACCGAAGAUCCCUCUAUGGACCUGCACAACGCCCUCGGGGGCGCUGUACAGGACCCUGGCACGUGCGCAAUCAUUCGCCAGGAAACAGAGAAAUACAUGCAGGAGUAA